GAAAAUUUACCUUUAUGUGCCAUGUAUAUUUAAUAGCUUGGCCAUGAAGCUUUCGAGCGCACCAGUAAUGGUGAAGGUCCCGGGUUUGAUCCGUUUGGAGGUGGUGGGUUUAAUCCUUUCCAGGACAUCUUUAAAAAUGCUGAUAUUUUCAAUAUAUUCAAUCGGGACAUGGGUGGUGAAGAUGUCAAGGUUUCGAUCGAGCUAUCCUUUAUGGAAGCUGUUCAGGGAUGCACUAAAACACUGACAAUCCAAACUGAUUUGGCUUGUGAUACUUGUGGUGGAACUGGCGUUCCUCCUGGGACCAGGCCUGAAACAUGUAAGCGUUGUAGGGGCUCUGGCAUGGUUAUAUCACAAAAUGGACCAUUCACCCUUCAGUCUACUUGUCCUAAUUGUGGAGGAGCUGGAAAAAUUGUAUCGGUAGGACAUAUAUCUACUUUUACCAUGUAAUAUUUUUAUUAUCUUUCUAGAUUUUCAUCAAUGGAUAAAAUAAUAUGCUUAAUUUGAGCUGCCUCAACUGAAACGUGAUACCAGACAGUUACUUGUGUUUUGUUUUCUUCCUCAUGUCAAUUGUUGGAAGAUCUUUUCUAUCUGUUGUGUGUGUUCAUUUAUUUAUUUUGUUUGACAAGAAAUUCUAACAUUUUGAUAUAGGAAUUGACCUCUAGGUUGGAACGAUUUGUUCUAUUCUUGAGGUAUGAGGAAGCUUAGUUAUCUUAUAGUUCAGGGGCCUUUAUCCAUCUUUGGUUUCAUUGCUUGUUUUUUCCUAACCUUUUUGUUGCAGUGACUUCUUUUCCCUCUUGAUGGUUGUAAUACUCUGUUUUUAAAUGAAUAUAUGUUCUCAUCUACAUAGUGAUUGGUAGAUGUCA